UUAGGAAGAGCCCGGGCGGGGACGGGCGGAGGGCCCCCCCCGCCCCGCCUCAGACGCCGCGCACGCGCACUCGCGACACCUUGCCUUCUUUUUCUGGCGGGAAAAGCUCACGCUCACCUCCCUCAACUCAACUGCCGUUCGUCGUUGGUGGCUGUCCGCGGUGUCUCGAGAAUAGGACGUGGCUCCAGGGUGGUCCAGACCCUGGAAGGGCCCCUCUUCAAAGACCCGUGUUUCCAGAAUGUUCCAGAAGCAUGUGGUGGCAGGCCCGAAUGGCUCAGGAGAGCAGGAGUGCUCAGGCAGCUGGUCCUUUACCCAUCCCUCCCCCUGAAGGAGGGAGGCCGGUAGCUUUCCAAACAGCUGCGCAGCAGUGGGGGUGGCUCAUGGACCUGCCUGAGAGCCCGGUGGGCAGCCCUACUGCAGAAAUGUACCUCUGGGAGCAGCCUGAGGAGGCAAGUCUGGGAACGCCGCUCAACUUGGAGGAGCAAGUACUCAACUCCACAUUCGAAGCUUGUGAUCCUCACAAGACAGGCACUGUGGCUGUGGCCCAGGUGCUGGCCUACCUGGAGGCUGUGACAGGCCAGGGUCCCCAGGAUGCACGCCUCCAAACAUUGGCCAACAGCCUGGACCCCAAUGGAGAGGGCCCUAAGGCCACCGUGGACUUGGACACUUUCCUGGUUGUGAUGCGUGACUGGAUUGCUGCCUGUCAACUGCAUGGGGGAUUAGAGCUGGAAGAGGAGACCGCCUUCGAGGGAGCCCUGACCUCCCAGCAACUGCCAUCUGGAUGCCCAGAAGCUGAGGAGCCAGCCAACUUGGAGAGCUUCGGAGGCGAAGACCCCAGACCCGAGCCGUACCUAUCCUCACAUCUCUCCCUGACCCUCCUGCCCCAGCCCUGUGUCCUCCAGCCUGCCAGGCCUGGGCCAGCCACAGCUGACCUGCUGAGCAGCCUGGAGGACCUGGAGCUCAGCAACCGACGUCUGGCUGGGGAGAAUGCCAAACUCCAGCGGAGCGUGGAGACAGCCGAGGAGGGGUCAGCACACCUUGGGGAGGAGAUCUUGGCCCUGCGCAAGAAGCUUCGCAGCACCCAGCAGGCCUUGCAGUUUGCCAAGGCUGUGGAUGAGGAGCUGGAGGACCUGAAGACUCUGACCAAGAGCCUGGAGGAGCAGAAUCGCAGCCUUCUCGCCCAAACCCGGCAGGCGGAAAAAGAGCAGCAGCAUCUGGUGGCUGAGAUGGAGACUCUACAGGAGGAGAACAGGAAGCUGCUUGCCGAGCGGGAUGCAGUGAAGAGGAGAAGUCAGGAGCUGGCCGUGGAGAAGGACACUUUGAAGCGGCAGCUCUAUGAAUGUGAACACCUCAUUUGCCAACGAGACACCAUCCUCUCUGAGCGCACUCGCCAUGUGGAGAGCCUGGCCCAGACCUUGGAAGAAUACAGAGUGACAACACAGGAACUGAGGCUGGAGAUCUCACGCCUGGAGGAGCAGCUGAGUCAGACCCAUGAGGGGCCAGAUGAGCUACCUGAAGGGGCCCAGGUGACAACAGUGGGCUGGACCAAGCUGCUGCCCCCAUCGCUGGGCUUGGAGAUCGAGGCCAUUCAGCAGAAACCACUUCCAUCCCAGAAACAGGAAGUGGCAACUGCCGAUCUCUCCAGCCCUCUGUGUGGAGUGUGGCAAUGGGAAGAAGUCAUUGAUGAAGCCAGUAAGGAAGCUGAGUUUCUAUCUGAAGCCCCAGCUGGGGGACAGAGAAACUUCCAGGGAGAGCCAGCACACCCUGGAGAAGGAAGGAAGGAGCCAUCCAUGUGGUUAACCAGAAGAGAGGAAGAGGAGGCUGCGGCGAGCCAGGUCACGGCUGAUCUCCCCAUCCCUCUAGGAGACUCUCACUCUGGAGACAUCGCAGAAAGCCCUCCAAGGAGCAGCCCUGCCCAGCAGGAUCUCCGGCAAGCCCUGGUCCCUGUGAUGAAGGAGCUGGUCCCAGUCAGGAGGAGGCCCUGGGGCCAGCUCAUCCUGCCCCCACAGCGACUCAGGGUCACUCGGUAUCCAAUGAUCCCAGCUCCAGUCCUGGGCCUGCUGCUGCUGCUGCUGCUCUCUGUCCUGCUGCUGGGCCAGUCCCCACCUCCCACCUUGCCCCACCUCCAGCUCUGUUACCUCCAGCCCCCUCCAGUGUGAGAGGCUCUGCUUGUCCCUCAGAACAGUGUGUAGUUCAAUAAAUCCCCUGGCGCUCUCUCCGCUCGGAUCCCCUAUGUUAGGCCAGUGUUGCACGGGCUUAUCGCAGAAACCGUACAGGGGGAUCCACAUCCCUGGACUGGGUUUAUGUGAAGGCUCCUAGUUAUUUAAUGUUGACAUUUAACAAAAGCAAAACUUCCCCAGUCACAGAUUAAGCACUAAGGACUAUUCCUUCACAAAACAAGCCUGGCAAGGGCAGCUGUGGGCACACAGCGAAGUCUCAGCUGCCUUGGGGUCAGGGCCUCAGUGAUUCUCCCGUCCCCUCACGCUCAGGAGCUGGCAGUUGUAGCUUCCCACAUCACAUCUGCAGGGAGACGGAAGCUCGUCCCUUCCUUUUUAUAAAGAGAGGCAGUAGCCUCAGUGUGCAGUGGGUAGAUUCAGAUCAUAAUCAUAAUGAAAGAGAAGCAGUCGCCUGCCCAGAGCCACCAGCAGACUUGUGUCUGUCUCACCAGUCAGACUGUUUGGUGUGACCACCACUCUCAACUGUAAGGGAGGCUGGGACCUGGGAGGCCAAGUACCUCUCCAGGGACCAGCUGCCUUGCAGCCACGCAGAACCUGUGUGCUAGUAACAGUGCAUUCGGGGAAGGCAGAUAAAGUGCCUUGCCAUGCUCCUCAUGCACACAGAAAGACACUGCAGGCCAGCCAGGCGCCAUGGCUCACGCCUGUAAUCCCAGCACUUUGGGAGGCUGAGGUGGGUAAAUCACGAGGUCAAGAGAUUGAAACGAUCCUGGCCAGCAUGGUAAAACCCUAUCCCUACUAAAAAUACAAAAAUUAGCCAGACGUGGUGGCAUACGCCUGUUAUCCCAGCUACUUCUGAGGCUGAGGCAGGAGAAUCACUUGAACCAGGGAGGCAGAGGUUGCAGUGAGCCAAGAUCGCACCACUGCACUCCAACCUGGCAACAGAGCAAGACUCAAAAAAAAAAAAAAUACUGCAGGCCAUGGACCUAAGAAAACACUUUGGGAGCCACCUACACACCAGCAGUGGCACGUCACCAGGCUACUUUGAAGGGGCUUUAGGAUACCUCUUCUCCCAAUCUCUCUCUGCUUCCUACCUUCUCUACACCUCUGCCUUGCCCUCCCCCAGCAGGAUCCUGACUCUGUCCUGCCACCACCCCAUGGGUUGGAGCCUAGGUUUACCCAGUCCUAACUGCAUCCUAAGUCAGUAAAGAACAAUCUUCCAGGGCCGGGCAUGGUGGCUCACGCCUGUAAUCCAAGCACUUUGGAGGCCAAGGUGGGCGGAUCACCUGAGGUCAGGAGUUCAAGACCAUCCUGACCAACAUGGUGAAACCCCAUCUUAAAAAAAUAAAAUAACAAUCUUCCGGGACCAGACGCUGUGGCUCACGCCUGUAAUCCCAGCACUUUUGGAGGCCAAGGUGGGCGGAUCACCUGAGGUCAGGAGUUCAAGACCAUCCUGACCAACAUGGUGAAACCCCAUCUUAAAAAAAUAAAAUAACAAUCUUCCGGGACCAGAUGCGGUGGCUCACGCCUGUAAUCCCAGCACUUUUGGAGGCCAAGGCUGGUGGAUCACCUGAGGUCAGGAGUUCCAGACCAAUCUGACUAACUUGGUGAAAAAAUACAAAAAAUUAGGUGUGUGGUGGCAGGCACCUGUAAUCCCAGCUACUCCAGAGGCUGAGGCAGAAGAAUCGCUUGAACCCGGGAGGCGCAGGUUGCCAAGAUUGCACCAUUGCACUCCAGAUUGGGCAACAAAAGGGAAAUUUCACCUCAAGAAAAGGACGCUGGGCGAGGUGGCUCAUGCCUGUAAUCCCAGCACUUUGUGAGGCUGAGGCAGGUGGAUGACAAGGUCAAGAGAUGGAGACCAUCCUGGUCAACAUGGUGAAACCCCAUCUCUACUAAAAAUACAAAAAUUAGUUGGGUGUGGUGGCACACGCCUGUAGUCCCAGCUACUCGGGAGGCUGAGGCAGGAGAAUUGCUUGAACGGGAGGUGGAGGUUGCAGUGAGAUCACACCAUUGCACCCCAGCCUGGGCAAAAAGAACAAAACUGAUCUCAAAAAAAAAAGAUGGGUAAGGUUUGCAUUUCAGUCAGCAGGGGCCCAGGGAGGGUGUCAUAGAGGUGGAAAAGAGACCGGUGUGUGUGGAAAGCCAUGGCCAACAUCCUGUUGCUGGUUUAAAAAUAAAAAGAAAAGAUUUGGAGCCGGGGAAGGAUUGGAGGCUACAGAGUGGUGGGAAAUAAGAGAGGCAGGCAAGAACCCGUGAAAGGGUUUGAACACUGGCUUGAACUUUAUUCCCCAGUGCCCAUGAAAGGGUUGUGAGCAGGGGAAGGCAGAACUCUGGGUGGGAAGAAGGGCAUUCAGGGCCUGUAGAGGAGAUGAAUGAAGGGAAUGGAAAUGGAGCCCAGCAGGUGGGGAGGAGUCUGGGGCUGUGGUCCAGGUGGGAGAGAACGAGGAGGCCUGAGGCAGGGCUUGCGGGUGGAGAGAAGGGAAGAGCAGAGGCAGGACUGGGCGGGAUUGACCUGGCUGCAGACUGACAAGCUGUAAAGGAUGGCGAAAGGAGCAGGGCAAGGACAGCCCCUGGGAUCUGACCCAGUGACUAGUAGACAGUGGAACCCUUCCCAAGUUAGGAAACCCAUGAUAAGGAGUGGGUUCAGUGAAAGACUCGGUUCAUUUAGAGGCUGGAGUCCUGAGCCCUGAGCUCCCAGGCUGGAGUAGGGGGUCUGGGUAUUGUCACCUGUGGGCGAUGGCAGAAAGUGUGGGGACUGCUGAAUUUGCGGAGGGAGGAGGCUCCAGACACCAUUUUGGGCAAAAACCUCAAGUGUUCGGAAAGGGAUGGGGAGAAAAUAGAGUAUGGGAAGAGACCAGGCCAGUACCCAGCUACCAGGCCUUCAGGGAAACAGGAGGAGGCUCUUCAUAGGGUUGCUGUGAGGUUAAAAAAAGCUAAUACAAAUACAGCGCUUAGAAGAGUGCCUGGUAUAUAACAACCGCUUAUCAACCUUUUAAUUCCAUUUACCCAUGAGAGUAGUGGAAAAGUCUAGACUUUUGAAAUUGCACAUAUCUGGGUUCCAUUUAUCCUUUUGUCUCUUGAUAGCUCUAACAACUUAGGAAAAUUCCUCCUGACUCUUGGUCUUGUUUGUAAAAUUAGGCCAACUCCAGAGGGUUUUGAGGAAUGCAGUUUUUCAUUUGUUAUUUGGUAUCUGAAUGACAGAUGAAACAGUCCCGCCCCCACAGCCCAAGGACCAAUUAGGGCUCGGUCCGCCUCCCGAAAAUGCAAAUUUCGGGAGACCUUGCCAACCACACGCGGCGGCCCAGCUUCCCGGCAAGCAGACGUCCCCAAGCUCCACCCUGUUUAGACCAAUCAGAGCGCGGUCCGCACGAGAGGCGCCCCAGGCGCGGUGUUCUAGCCUUCUGCGGACCACCGGGUUGCCAUGGUUACCAUUGAGGGGCGGAGCUGAACGGCAAGCUGAACCUCCGGGGAGAAAUGCAGAUUUUCAUUGGCUGUUUUCUCGCUUCACCUGCGGCCCAGAUGAAGAGCAGGAGGCACAGAGACUGACGUCAAGAAGACGUUCUCAAUACGAGGCCGCAGCUAGAUUUGGAGGACCCUGGGUUUGGAUGUCAGGGCUGCCUCACACCAGAGCCCCGCAAUCUUUUUUCCACUGUGCCUGGAGAGAAAUGUGGAAGUGAUGGGAGGGAGGAACCGCGAAAUUUAAAGAUGAGAGCCGGUGGAGAGACAGAAACCCAAAGGAGGGGAAGAAAAAACCAAAAAGGAAGAUAUGAAGGAGUCGGGCAGAGGAAAAAGGAAAAAAGAAAGUCGCACAGGAACGAGUCGCAGUCCGGAGCGCACGGCAGGGUCUUUAUUAAAGCGGGGACGGGCGGCGCGCUCAGGGCGCGUCCAGCACCAGCAGCUUGUGCAUGUACGAGUUCAGCCAGUGGCGGCGCUCGAGGGCGGCCAGCAACCGCGCGCGCUCCCGGAAGGCCGCGUCGUCCGCCAGCGCCAGGCUCCUCCGCGGCCGGGGGGUGGCGGGAUCCACCCAAGCCCGUCCUGGGGUGCGGAGGCUGUGGAGAGACGCGACGACCGCGCGUCCAGACCCGCGCUCGCCGCCGCCUGUCCUCCCCGCUGUCUAACUCGAAGCCCUGUUACUGCCCUGUCCGUGGAGUGGCUCGGUCUGGCUCCCCCUGUCUCUCUCGUUCUCUGUGUGGGUCUCUGCCCCUCUACUCACCAGGUUCGAAACUCCCUGGGUACUGAGAGCCAGUCUGAUGCACCUGUCCGCCCCCAGCGCUCGGCGCAUGGCCAGGAGCGCACCAAGAACCCAAUAAAUGUUGCUCAAAGGAUGAA